CCUACCUCGCCAUCUCUAUUCACGCAUACCAAGACGACCCACCGGCCUAUGUAUAAUGCUGCUCGCGACCGUGCAGGCUUGCCACCGCUGCCGACAUCCCUGAACGCAGAUGUUCUGCUUUACACUUCAACUGGUGAGAUCAUGGAGACGUCUAUACGAAACAUCGCGUUUCUUCGCCGGUCACCGCGUCAGUGGGUCACGCCGCGAGCUGAAGUUGGCUGUCUCCCUGGAGUCAUGCGAAGAUGGCUGCUCGAGCAGGGAAAAAUUGCCGAGGCCACGGAGGGCGAACUCAUGAAAGGUGAUCUGGUGGACGGGGAGUUCGUGAUGACGUUUAACGGUGUGGAAGGCUGUCGUUUGGGGCAAAUCAGUCGUUCUUUACCUGCACCGACAACUACAACGGUGCGGGAGAUCGAGCCGCCACGGUGA